ACGUAUGCCAGUAUUUGAAAGGUUGCCCGACAAAAAAGGUAUUCCUAUGAACAGUGUGGGGCCGUGGAAGGAGCUACGCCGAUUUACCCUCACCACUUUGAGGAAUUUUGGGAUGGGGAAAAAGAGCUCUGAAGAGCGAAUCCUAGAGGAAGCCCAUUUCCUGGUGGAAAGGCUCAAAAACACUCAUGGGCAGCCCUUUGACCCCACCCUCUUCCUCACCCACGCCGUCUCCAAUGUCAUCUGCUCCAUCGUCUUUGGGGACCGGUUUGACUAUGAAGAUAAGAAAUUUGUGACUUUAAUAAAUCUCAUAAUGGAAAGUAGAAAGAUCCAGCGCUCGCCCUGGACAGAGCUGUACAAUUUUUUCCCGACUCUCAUGCGUUACAUCCCUGGGCCUCACCAGAGAAUCUUUAAACACUUUGAGGAGUUCAGAAAGUUUGUUUUUGAGAGAGUGGAGAUGCACAGAGAGUCCCUGGAGCCCAGCUGCCCUCGAGACUUCAUCGAUGCUUUCCUCAUCAAAAUAAAACAGGAGCAACACAACAGCCAGUCGGAAUUUACCACUGAGAACUUGUUAAGAAGAACAUUAGACUUAUUCUUUGCUGGAACAGGGACAACCAGUGACACCCUGAAACAUGGACUCAAGCUUCUUAUGAAAUACCCAGAAAUAGAAGAGAAGAUUCACGAAGAGAUUGACCGUGUGAUCGGCCGAAGCCGAAGCCCCUGCAUGGCGGACCGAAGCCAGAUGCCCUACACAGAUGCUGUGGUCCAUGAGACCCAGAGAUUCAUCUCUCUUGCCCCUCUUGGUAUCCCACGUGCUGUGACUAGAGACACUCAUUUCAGACAAUACAUUAUCCCCAAGGUCAGUUCUGUGUGUUUCUGUGAAAGGGCCAGUUCUUCUGCCUUUUUCUCUUUUUAAUUUUGAAUUGUUCAC